AUGCCGGCCGCCGAUGAUUCCUCUUCCGAGCGGAAGCACACCAGCAGCUCCUACAGAGACGAACUAGCGCAUUACAAGGCCCAGUAUGAGCAGCUUGAAACGGAGCUAGCGGAUUUUCAACUCUCCAGCCGGGAGCUGGAGGCUGAGCUGGAGAAAGACAUUGAGGCCUCAGAGAAGCGGGAGCGCCAGCUGAAAGAGAAAGUCGAUAAUUUGCGAUACGAAGUUGAGGAAUGGAAGACCAAAUACAAGCAGUCCAAGGCUGAAGCCAACUCAGUGCAAAAUACUUUGCAAAAGGAGAUUACUUCCCUACGCGACACGAGCCGCACUCUGCAGUUGAAGCUGCGCGAUAUCGAAGUUGCCAACGAUGACUAUGAGCGACAAGCCCGAAAUACUUCCUCGUCCCUGGAGGACAUGGAAUCCAAAUUCAACAUGGCUAUCGAGCGCGGAGUGCUGCUGGAGGAAGAAAUGCGCAGUGGUGAACAGGAGCGUGAGGAUUUGCGGAUCGAGAACCAGCGCCUGCGUGAUGAAUUAUCUGAUCUUAAGGUCGAAGCUGAGAUCGUUCAAGAGAAGCUGCGACACACCGAGGGGCACGGAUUCCGUCGUCGCAAGCCGACCCCCCUGUACCGCAGCCCAUCCACCCCCCAGCACCUGGAGAUUUUCGAUCGGUCGCCUGGAACCGCGACAUCCUCUCCUGUUUUUGCGACGCCGCCAGCCAAAUCAUCGCUGGCAAUGUCUGCCGAAACCCCACCUUCACCUCCUAUCUCCGAGUCCUCCGCCAGCCUGCGCAGGUCGAUCAAUGCAACCCCCACCUUCCCUCGAAGCAGGGCAGCAGGCGCCGACCCGAUCAAUUCGCGCACUUUGAUCAAUGCCCGCACUGCGCCUCGUCCCACUCACUCCCGGGCCACUUCUCUCGCCUUUAGCAAUAAUGGUGGCGGACGGUCCACUCCUUCCAUGUCGAUUUCCUCCCGUGCUAGCCUAUCGAGAUCGACUACGCAGCGUCCUCCUGGGCUUCCUAAAUCCAGUUCACUGUAUCAGAUCCGUGGCCUUAUUGGCAAGAUGCAGACGCUCGAGGAGCGAAUCCAGUCUGCCAAAUCGCGACUUCCUGCGCCGUCCGAGACGUCUUCACGACAUGGAUCCCCUCGCUCGGGGUCUAUUGCUGGAGACAGCCCGGUCCCAUCUAGCGUGACCGUCCGAAGAAGCUCUCGCAAGCGGAUGAGUGGCAGCAGUUUCGGUUCAUCGAUACGAGACAGUGAGAGCACUCCGUCCUAUCUCCCGCAGAGCCGCCAAUCAUUUGGAGCUCGAACUCAGGGCGACAGCCGCCCAAGCAGUCGAACCAGCUUCUCCAGUCGUAGCUCCUUCAGCCAGAGUGUCCACUCAGGCGUGCCAAUCAAUGCGCGGCCCGAAAGUCGGCAGAGCCGCCCUGGGGCUAAAACACCCUCGGACAUUAUUCAACCAACCCGACGACGGAGAGCCGCCGACCGCGGUCUUCUCUGA